UUGCACGUUAUUUGUUGUUGGCGAGCACAGCAUUGACCAUCAAGCUCAAUGCUACCAUCAUGAUGCUUCCGCCUGGAUCACUCUUCUUUGCGGGCCUGGUCGCCUGUUCGACCGUUGUGGCUGCUGCGAGUGACGGCUCGACACGACCCCGAGGAGUCGGCCCGGAAUUUGCGAAGUUCUACAAGGACGCCACUACUUUUAGUUGUAUCUCUCACCCGGCCAUCCAGAUCCCCUUUUCGUCCGUGAACGACGAUUUCUGUGACUGUCCGGAUGGGAGCGACGAGCCGGGAACCUCGGCUUGCUCUCACCUUUCCCGCAACACCGUUCUGACAGUCGCCGAUCGGCCGGGGAACAGUGAGCUGGAACUCACCUCAUCUCUUCCCGGAUUCUACUGCAAGAACAAGGGCCAUAAACCAUCUUACGUCCCAUUCCAACGAAUCAACGAUGGCAUCUGUGACUAUGAGCUGUGCUGCGAUGGCAGUGACGAGUGGGCCCGCGUCGGAGGCACCAAGUGUGACGACAAAUGCAAGGAGAUUGGCAAGGCUUGGCGAAAGAAGGAGGAACAGCGCCAGAAGUCCAUGACGACCGCAUUGAAGAAGAAGAGAGAUCUUCUUGUGGAUGCCGGCAGACAGCAAAAAGAGGUCGAGGACCAAAUCAAAGUCAUCCAGGCCGAGCUUCAGGGCGAGGAGAUCAAAGUCAAAAACCUAGAGGCUGACCUGGACAGAAUCGAGAGUGAGGAACGGAGCAAAGUGGUCAAGGGCAAGAAGACAGGCAAGGUGAACGUGCUUGCCGAGUUAGCGAAGGGCCGUGUUGAGGAACUCCGCAAUGCCCUGGGAGAAGUCCGCAAGGAGAGGGAUGAGGCUCGUUCGCGAGUCAAGGAACUCGAGGAGAUUCUGUCCAAAUUCAAGGUCGAAUAUAAUCCCAACUUCAACGACGAGGGUGUCAAACGUGCCGUGCGAAGCUGGGAGGACUAUGCGGCUCGCGGCACGUCGGAUGGCCUUGAGAACGGCGCUCGGGAACGAGAUCUGGAUGAGAUCGCGAAGAUCGACGAUGAUCAGUCAGGUAUUAACUGGGAGCAGUGGGAAAACGAGGAUGACACAUGUGAAGCCGACACUAUCUACAAGCUUGCUGCCUACCUCCCACCUUCUUUCGUUAGCUUCGUGGAAGACAAGGUAGUUACCCUCCGAGGCUUCCUUCAAGACAACGGGAUCUUGGCCAGGGGGCCUGAGAGCUCCGUAUCCGAGUCCAAAGCCGUGGCGGAGGCUCGUGAUGCCUUCAACGCCGCUCAAAAAACCGUUGAAGAUCUGCGAUCCAAGCUCAAGGACCACCACGACGACCUUGAAACGGACUACGGUACAGGCUCCGUCUUCCGUGCUCUAAAAGGAGUUUGCAUCUCCAAGGACGCGGGUGAGUACACGUACGAGCAUUGCUUCCUGGACCAGACGAAGCAAAACCAGAAGAAGGGCGGGUCAUCUUUGCGCAUGGGUCGGUUUGUUCGCAUCGGCACCGUCACCGUCGACGAACUCACCGAGUCGGGCGAAAUUGUGGCACAGGAGAGGAUCUCUCUCGAGUAUGCCAAUGGGCAAACCUGUUGGAAUGGCCCGGCGCGGUCUACCACCGUCAUCUUGGAAUGUGGUGAAGAGAACGAGAUCUUGAAGAUCGCCGAAGAUGAGAAGUGCGUCUAUUCCAUGCUUGUUACCACCCCGGCCGUGUGUCUCGGAGGCGAGGAGGGAGACAACGAGGCCCCAAGAGGUAAGGACGAGCUAUGAGGGAGACGAAGAGUGAGCCGAAUCUGCGGUUCAUGUUGAACAUACUUUGAUUCCAUCGGAGACGCCGUUGAAGCGUCGUUUUGUCAUAGUGCAACUCAUAUAGCAAGACUUUUGAACUUCUUUUCUGCGUCGUUCUUUGCAUGCAGCGUGUUUAUCUGAAAUCCAUGUGCUCUUCACUAUGCAGUCUGAUG